AUACAACUGUCGAUAACAUAUUCGCGAAAGCGUUUGUUUUCAUGUAACCUCUAGCUGUAAACACUGUGAAAAAUAAAUUAAUAAUCCGAAAUAAAUUAGUUCUCCUCUCUCAAUUUCCUUUCUUUAUACCCCUUUAAUCUUAAGUAUCACAUUUUAGAGGGUGGCGUUUUGCAUUACGCACCAUUAUGGAUGUAAUUUCUCACAAAGUGGAAGAUUUAUUUGACAAUGCAUCUCCCAAACAUGAAGAGAAUCUCGUCGUUCCACGCAUAAAUUCAUACGAUCGUAGCAUAGAUACAUCUGUUGCCUCGGAAUCGGCUGUUUCUACCGCGGGCUCUGAAGCAUCAUGCCCUCCAUGUGUUCCUCAACCUGUUCCACCAAAUCUUCCUAUAGUUAGAUCAUAUGGCAUUCGUAGCGUAGUUGGAGUUGUUUUGCUGUUGUUUUCAGCUUAUAUUGGUUCAAUUUUCCUUCAUGCCCCACUACUUCCGUUGGCGAUUAUAUCACCGCGUUCAUUUCGUUAUCUUGUCGACGAACUUUUAAUAUCCUGGUUAAUGUUUGCUGAGUUUGUUAUAUGCAAAAUUCUUGGUUGUCGUGUUCGUCAGUUCGGUGAUCGAGUCUUACCAUCUACAUCAUGUGAACCUCGUAGUUGUUUGUUUAUACUCAAUCAUCGGACACAGUUGGAUUGGUUUUUUGUAUGGGGCUUAGGUGAUCCAAUUCAUCGGAUGAAAAUAAUUCUAAAAGAUUCUCUUGCUAAAGUUCCUGGUGCUGGUUGGGCUAUGCAGUGCGGUAGCUUUAUAUUCCUACGUCGACGUAUAGCAACGGAUCAAGAAAGAUUGCAGAAAACCGUUACUUAUUUGCUUGAAAUUCAGGACAGUUGCCAGUUGUUGAUAUUUCCUGAAGGUACAAAUCUAACCAAAGUAUCAAUUGCUAGAAGUGAUACUUUCGCUGAGAAAAACAAUCUACCGUAUCUUCGAUAUACUCUUCAUCCUAGAAGUACAGGAUUUCUACACUUGAUAAAACUUAUUGGUUUAGAUAAUCUGACUGAAGUGUAUGAUGUAACAGUCGCCUAUCCAGAUUUUUUACCAUCCCCGGAAAUUAAUCUAGUGCAUGGUCAUGUUCCACGUGAAGUUCACUAUCAUAUUCGUCGUUUCACUGUGAAGGAAAUACUAAAUGGAAGUGAGAAACACGUGCUAAACGAUGCUACAAAUGAUACUUUGUCAAAGUGGCUACAAAGCCGUUGGUUAGAAAAAGAAGAACUUCUAAAAGCAUAUUAUGCUAAACCUAUUGGAAAACGUCAAUUCGAUAAUGAGAUUUCACCGGACAGUCGCUUAUUCUAUAUGGAUACAUCAGAUGAUAAUAAUAACAAUAAUAAUAAGCUAAUGUUUACAUACUUCGGGAUGUUGAACACCGGUUUCUGGUUUCUUGUAAUGAUUGGUUAUUGUUCACUUACUUCACCUACUAUACUGAUGGUAUCAAUAUAUGGGCUACAAGUUGGAUAA